GUGCGCUCACGAACAGAGUAGCGGAGUGAGCGCUCGCCUCUGUUUGUCGGUUAGUUGACGAUCUUUAUCUGAUGCGAGCUGUCUCGCAGCAGCAGAGAACGAAACGGUGAACCACAGCGGCAGAAUGGGAAAGAAACAGAAGAAAUCCGGAGAGGACAGUGCCAAAGAUGACGGCAUCGAUAUUGAUGCUCUGGCAGCAGAGAUCGAAGGAGCUGGAGCGUCCAAGGAACCAAAAGGAAAGAAGAAGAAGAAAGCAGCCAAGAAAGAUGACUUUGAUGAGGAUGACAUACUGAAGGAGCUGGAGGAGUUGUCUCUUGAGACUCAGGGAGGAAAGGCAAAGAAAGGAGAGUCCACAGAGCAGCUGGAGCCGGUGGAGCCUCCAAAACCAGACAAGAAGGCCAAGAAGGGGAGGAAGGGUGGAGCAAGCCCAGAGGAUGAGGAGGGUGAUGAAGCCCAUGGUGAAAGGAACGGGGAGCAGAAGGACAAGAAGAUUGCUGUUCCUUCCGACUCAGAUGAUAACAGCUCGCAAAGUCGUCUGAAAAGUAAAAAAGGAAAGAAAGGAACCAAAAAAUCUUUGGUGUCAGAUGAAGAGGAGGAUAAAGAUGAGGACGAAGUAGUGAGGAAAGGAGGAGGGGGCACUGGUGGAGGAGGGGGAAAGGACGGUAAAUGUGAGGAUGAUGAUGACGACGAUGACGAUGAAGAGUUCACCUUCAGGAGAGACAAGAAGAAAAAGAACAAAGGGAAAGUUGCCAAGGCUGAGAGUGAGGAUGAGGAGGAGCAGGAGGUGGAUGGGGGAGGCUUCAAGAUUAAGACAGCAGCGCAGAAGAAGGCAGAGAAGAAGGAGAGGGACAGGAAGAAAAAGGAGGAGGAGAGGAUGAAGAAGAAGUUGAAGGAGAAGGAGCCCACCGUGGAGCCUAAAAAAGAGUCGGAGAAAAAGCCAGCAGAGCCUCCUCAGGCGGCUCCUCCUGCAGCAGUGAAUGAUGAACAGGACGCAGAAGAAGAUGAUGCUGAUGGAGAAAAAAAAAAGAAAGACAAGAAGAAGAAGAAAGGGGAGAAGGAGGACAAGGAGAAGAAGAAGGGGCCUAGUAAGGCUACAGUGAAGGCCAUGCAGGAAGCUCUGGCCAAAAUGAAGGAGGAGGAGGAGCGAGCCAAGCGUGAGGAGGAGGAACGACAGCGGAGGCUGGAGGAGAUGGAGAAACAGAGGCUGGAGCAGGAGCGUCUGGAGCAGGAGCGUAAGGAGAAGAAGAAGCAGAAAGAAAAAGAGAGGAAAGAACGGCUGAAGAAGGAGGGGAAGCUACUGACCAAAGCCCAAAAAGAAGCUCGAGCCCGUGCUGAGCUCACACUACAGAUGCUUCAGGCUCAGGGUGUGGAAGUGCCAUCCAAAGAUUCUGUGCCAAAGAAAAAGCCAGUUUACGGAGACAAAAGGAGGAAGAAGCCCAAUGUCCAAACUCCUGAAGGAACCGAAACAUCAGAGGUGACUUCGCCAGCAUCAGAAACCCCGGAGCCUGUUGCUGUAAAGACGGAGGUUGAGACGCCCUCCAAGGAGCCGGAGUUGAAGCCGGAUGCUGCUGUAGAUGACUGGGAGGCCAUUGCCAGCGAUGAGGAGAAAGAAUUGAAAAAAGUCCACAUCGAGGUGAAAGAGGAGACCAAGGCUGCUCCACAGCCUACAGAAGUGGAGGAAGACGAGGAGGAAGACGAGGAAGAUGAGGAAGACGAGGAGGAAGAUGAGGAGGUGGAAAGUGAGGAGGAAGAGAAGGAGAAGCAGUCAAAGGUGUCGGCUCAUAGUAAGAGAAGGGCAGGAAAGGAGAGCGAGGACGAGAGCAGCGAGAGCGAUGAUGACGAUGGCAGGACGAAGGAAGAGCGAGUGUACGACCGAGCCAGGAGGAGGAUAGAGAAACGAAAAGCAGAGAACCUGAAGAACAUGGACCUGGACAGACUCAGAGCUCCUGUGGUCUGUGUGCUUGGACAUGUCGACACAGGAAAGACCAAGAUCCUGGACAAGCUGCGACACACUCAUGUUCAGGACGGUGAGGCUGGAGGAAUCACUCAGCAGAUUGGAGCCACAAAUGUCCCCAAAGAGACGAUUGAGGAGCAGAUCAAGAUGGUUAAAAACUUUGACAGAGAAAACAUUAAGAUCCCCGGCAUGCUGAUCAUCGACACGCCUGGUCACGAGUCCUUCAGUAACCUGAGGAACAGAGGGAGCUCUUUAUGUGACAUCGCCAUCCUGGUGGUGGACAUCAUGCACGGCCUGGAGCCUCAGACCCUAGAAUCUAUCAACCUGUUGAAGGAGAAGAAGUGUCCCUUCAUCGUCGCCCUCAACAAGAUUGACCGUCUGUAUGACUGGAAAAGAAGCCCGGACACCGAUGUUGUGGCCACACUGAAGAAGCAGAAGAAAAACACCAAGGAUGAGUUUGAUGAGAGGGCCAAGGCUGUGAUUGUGGAGUUUGCUCAGCAGGGCCUUAAUGCUGCUUUGUUCUUUGAGAACAAAGACCCUCGGACCUUUGUCUCACUGGUUCCCACCUCAGCCCACAGUGGGGACGGGAUGGGAAACCUCAUUGCUUUACUGGUUGAGCUCACCCAGACCAUGUUAGCCCGUCGACUAGCACACUGUGAUGAGCUGCGUGCUCAGGUCAUGGAGGUGAAAGCUCUGCCAGGGAUGGGAACCACGAUAGACGUCAUCCUGAUCAAUGGGUGUCUGCGAGAAGGAGACACCAUCAUUGUCCCAGGGGUGGAGGGACCAAUCGUAACACAAAUCAGAGGUUUACUCCUGCCUCCCCCUCUGAAGGAACUGAGAGUUAAGAGCCAGUAUGAGAAGCACAAGGAGGUGUCCACGUCUCAGGGUGUCAAGAUUCUUGGUAAAGACCUGGAGAAAACGUUGGCAGGGCUCCCGCUGCUUGUGGCUCACAGGGAAGAUGAGAUUCCUGUUCUCAGGGAUGACCUGGUUCGAGAGCUCAAGCAGACUCUGAGCUCCUUCAAACUGGAGGAGAAGGGAGUUUAUGUUCAGGCGUCAACUCUGGGAUCACUAGAAGCUCUGCUGGAGUUUCUCCGGACCUCAAAAGUCCCUUAUGCUGGCAUCAAUAUCGGGCCUGUUCAUAAGAAGGACGUGAUGAAGGCUUCAGCUAUGCUGGAGCAUGACCCUCAGUACGCAGUGAUUCUAGCAUUUGAUGUGAAGGUGGAGAGAGAGAGUCAGGAGAUGGCUGACAGCCUUGGGGUUCGUAUCUUCUCAGCUGAGAUCAUCUACCACCUGUUUGACGCCUUCACUAAGUACAGAGAGGACUACAAGAAGGCCAAGCAAGAGGAGUUCAAGCACAUAGCAGUAUUUCCUGUGAAGCUGCGGAUUCUUCCCCAGUUCAUCUUUAACUCCAGAGAUCCAAUCGUGAUGGGAGUAAUGGUAGACGCUGGAGUCCUUCGGCAGGGGACACCAAUUUGUGUACCCAGCAAAGGGUUUGUGGACAUUGGUGUUGUGACGAGCAUCGAGGUUAACCACAAGUCAGUGGACAGCGCCAAGAAAGGACAGGAGAUCUGCAUUAAGAUCGAGCCCAUUCCCGGAGAGGCGCCCAAGAUGUACGGCCGCCAUUUUGAAGCAACUGACAUCCUGGUUAGCAAGAUCACACGGGCGUCCAUCGAUGCUCUGAAGAAUUGGUUCCGAGAUGAGAUGCAGAAAUCUGACUGGCAGCUGAUCGUGGAGCUCAAAAAGACUUUCGAGAUCAUCUGAUGGACCUGAAACACUCGAACCCAGGCACACAAACCUUCUCCCUCUGAAGACAGAGCGACAAAAAAAGAAAAAUAGAUGUGAAAGUGUUUUUCUGUGAGAAACAGUUUUUCCACUGUUUUAACAGUGAUAGUUUAGCUGAAAUCUCUCUCACACACAGAUAUUUCCAAUGUGCCUGUUCUACAGCAUCAACAUUAUUUAGUUUUUUUUCUUGCUCUGAUUUGUUGCUGCUGCUGCUUCUGUCCCUUCGUCCUCCUCCCUCCUCCCCAGACUGAGACUGACAAGCUUAACGAGGCCAUUGAGUCAGCAGAGCCGGUGUUGAGCCACACCAGGAGGAGAGGGGGACUGCUCUGCUUCUUCCCACAGACCAACCAACCACCAAAGCAGUAGCAGACUCUAAAGACUUUGAGGAGCUGACUGGAGGUUUGUCGGGCAUCGUGGAUGUGGACAUGGAGGAUGUGGUCUCUGGAACAUUUUAAACAGAUGCAGCUGCUGAAAUAAUAAAUGGUUCUGACAAAAUGUCCAGAUGGAGAGUUUGAGUUCCAUUUGCAGCACUAAUAAAGACAGAAAUGAAGAUUGA